AUGGCUUCUUCUUCUUCUUCUCCUCCAAUCCCCAAAACCAGUUAUCAUGCUCGCUCCAUCAGCUUGCCCCCAAGACCUCACCCAUCGAUUCCUGAAAUAGAUGAGCAUUUGUGUAGAUUAGGGGCUUCUGAAGCCAUCUCUUCAUCGUCAUCAAUAACUGAUAAGCUAAUCAGCCUUAAUAGUUUGUAUGAUUGCAUGGAGAAUUUGCUUCUGUUGCCACUCUCUCAGCAAGCCUUGGUCCAACAUCAAAACAAGAAAUGUGUUAUUGAGGUAGCAGAUGGAUGUCUUCUACUGUUGGAUGUUUGUAGCGUGGCUAAAGAUGCCCUGUUGCAGACCAAGGAACGUGUCCAAGAACUACAAUCAACUCUGCGCAGAAGACCAUGUGGUUCACAUGGGGCUGAAAAUGAGAUUGGAGAAUACAUAGCUUCAAGAAAGAAGGUGAAGAAGGUGAUCCACAAGUCCUUGAGGGAUUUGAAGACCAAGCAAAGAAAAUAUGACUUCCCCAUCACAGAGAAAGAACAUGAAACUAUGGGUUUAGUCUGCAUCUUGAGGGAGGUAGAAGCUGCCACUCUUACUGUGUUGGAAUCUUUGUUGUCCUCUAUUGCCGGCCCAAAGAUGCAGUCCAAGACAAGUAAAUGGUCAUUAGUUUCCCGACUAGUGCAGCCGAAGCGUGUUGAAUCUGAGGAAGAGAAGGCAGAAGUCAGUGAAUUUGAAAAGGUAGAUGCUGAAUUCCAAACCUAUAUCAGCCAGAAGACAAGCAAAUCAUUCAACAUACAUGCAGAGACUGUGAAGAACCUGUUGGGGAACUUGGACUUGAGCAUUCAAGAUCUUGAUGGAGGAGUAGAAUGCCUAUUCAGGCGUUUAAUUAAGACCAGAGUAUCGCUUCUCAACAUGCUCAACCACUAGCUCACGAUUUUCAUGGUGCAAAGCCUUAGGCCCCCAAAAAUUUUUGUUGGAUACAUACUUGUACAUGAAUGAGAAAUACUUCUAUACUUUUUCUCUUUCAAUUUGUACCUUUUUUUUGCAGAAAUUUACAUUGUUUCCAUCACUUACUCUCCUUUA